ACCUACUCGGGGGGCUCGCUUAUACGAAGGAGUCUAGGUUGUUCUAUUUUUUUGGUCAUUUUUGAGGUAGCCUUCUAUCAAUGUCUAGCAUUGUAUUGAUUGAUUUGACUUCUCUGGCAAACGGACAGUUAUGUCUCGAUUAAAAAACCUUCGAAUCGCACUUCCACCCUUCUCGCCGUCCAACAUUACCUCUGCGCCUGAGGCAUCUUGGGCGCCGGUUGGGCUAGGAAAGGAUGUCCUGCUCCGUGAACUGGAAACGCUCUACUGGGAGGGCGUUCGAGGAGAACUGGAGAACAUCAUCCGCACCUUGAACACUUGGCAAAAGCCCGACUUCUCCCACGUCAAGGUCGACGACGAGGAUGACGACUUCAUUCACAGGUUUAAUACAUUCAUCGAUCAGGUCACCGAAGAGUCGCGAGCAUUCGCUAUUCGAUAUGGAAAACUCAAAGAAAAGGAAAUGGAGCUGCGCCAAAAGAAGACAAAAAAUGCAACACCGACGCCCAACUACGCAGAGGCACUCGAGGAGCUUCUCAGAGAUCGCAAGACGGACUACGCUAGCUUCAAGCUGAGAGCCGAUGUCCGGCGCGCCAUUGAUGCUCUCCCAAGGCUAAGAGGCCUUCAACAACGAGCAUGGAUGUUGCUGCAGGCCACAGGGUUUCUCGACAUGGAAAAGUUGAUUGAGCACAGGCCGCCGCUAGACAAGCUUGGCUUCUGGAAGCGGCCUGCAAUACCUCAACUUGCCCUGUCCGAGUUCGACGAGUUGUGGAUCCCACGUCUCGAGCCUCUGCGCUGCAGCCGUCCGGAGUGCGGCAGCGUCAUUCGGGGAAGCAUGUUUGUCUCGACGGCUGCAUCUCCCAGACCCGACCAACAGAAAGUCCAGGUCGUCAUUUGCGAGGACUGCUACCGGUCCGUCCACUACGGCGACACAUCCUUCACCAAGUCUUACAAGCACUGCAUCCUCGCCGAAGCCAUCACACCACGCAUAAGUCGGGCUCUUUGCCGCUGCAAGACUGUCCGUCACUAUGAUGGUUCAGGGAAUGCAUUGGCCCUCUUUCCUGUACCCAAGGGCGCGUAUCAUCUUGAUGUCGGCGGGACGGGAACCGUUCAGUGCAGCCUCCUUAAGCUUGGUGAGAUAGUCGCUCUAGCCAAGUACAACGGACUGCAAUCCGUCGUGGGCAGCAACGGCAAAAGACUUGAACCUUUCAAGUUGCCCUCCUCGAUAGCAUCCAACGCUUCCAGUUCUCCCGAUAAAGACAGAGCUAGCCCAGGCGAAGAAGGCUCAGCUCCCAACAAGGCUUCGAAGCAAUGGACAUUCAAGCGACUCGAGACUAAGACGGAGAGCAGCCUCUCCGAUUCUGCGACCCGAGUUGCCGCUUCAGGCUCCACUACCGCUGUUACCGAAGCAACGGCUGAUGAAGACAUCCCCUUGUUCUUCAGGAGGUUCACGUCCAAAUACCCAUUCGGGAACGUACACAUGGCGCUAAGAGUUGGCCCACUGGUGAUCGAGAACGGAGUGGCCCACACCAAACGCGGCGCCCUCAUAACACUGCGGGAACCGCCCGUCUUCCAGGACCGGCUCCUAUUGUUCACACCUCGCACCCGCAGCCUCGCCGUAGGAGGAACCGCGGCGCGGGAGAUCUGGCAACAGGAUCGACCCCCGAUGGCCCAGAAACGUUACAAAGCCGUCAUGAAGCAGGUCGUUGGCACCCCAUUCACUGGAAUACUGCCACACGGGAAGGAAUUGGACAUCGUCAACGAUCUUCUAGCAGCAAGCCGCAAGCCCUUCGACGACCCGGGCCUGCCAGUCGCUGAGCAGCAAAAGCUCAUCUCCGAGGGUCUGGACCAGGUGUUGGGAAAACUGAAGACCCUGAUACACUCGCGAGUUAUGAUAUAUCUGGAGAGCAUUGCAGACCGGCUCCUUGACCCCAAUGUGAAACUGACCUGGAGUGCCACGGCCAACAACUGCCAGAGUUUCUGCAACGCCCUGAUCGACCCCAAGCUGUUUGGGCCUCUUGUCAGCACAAGUACACCAAAAACAGACGCCUCCCCUCUCUACGUCAUGAGCUUCGUCUGUCCCGACGAGGGCUACCUACAGCGGGGAGUGGCGACCAAGUACGACGUGCCGAGCGGGCUGACCGAGGAGUACCUCCUGCGCUUCCACUUUGGCCGACACGACGAGGCCGACAUGAUCGACACGCAGCAGGAGUACUGGUACGACUGGGGCGCCUUCGGCGGCCCUUUAUACAAAUACCAGGACCUCUUCCCCUGGGACUGCACCGAGGCCUACGGGCGCUACCCGACGCGCUGCGGCGCCUGCAACCUGGCCAAGCACGUCUGGGCCUUCCCUUUCGACGCCUGGUCCGUCACCGCCCUGCACCUGACUCGCGACCGGCACCUGUACGGACCCGCGCGCGUCGACCCCUCCCUCGCCGCCGCAGGCCCGGGGGCAACGCCCCAAACCUGGAUGCGCAACCGCCUGACGGUGCUCGCAGCCAACAGCAUCCUCUCGCGCGCGGCCGUCGCUAUGACUCGGACCCCGCGCUUCGCCCGCGCCACCGCCUGGCUGUUCAACCCAACUGAAGGCGGCCUGCUCGCCACUUACCCGGCCCUGGCACACGUCAAGCUCGGCGGAAUUCACCGCGCCCAGCCCUUCAGCCAUUACUUCGAGGCCGGAACCUACAGCCACUUCUUCCUAGCCGAGUGGGCUUUGCGGCCCCGACCAGAGCAGGUAGCGGCCUACGAGGAACUACGCGACGGACGUGUGCGCCUGCCAGACGUAGUGCGACCGGCGGGCGGGCGAUUCAGGACGUCCUCCAUAUCGCAGCGUGAUCGCGCGCACGGGUUCGCCGGGUUCCACGGCGCCGAGCUUGCAUCUAGAGCAAUGCUAGACGCGAUGGAUGCUGCUGCCGCUGACGCGACGUCCAUGGAUGCGAAUGGCGGGUGGUUGCUUGCGAACGCGCUGUUUACGGCUAGUGAUCUGGGUGCGAUGGAUUUGCCGGGUGCCGAGGGGCCGGCUUGUGCGGUCGGCUGUGGGUCGAGUUGCGGGAGCGGGUGUGGGAGCGCCUCGUGCGGAGGAGAUGCGGGAGGAUCUGGAAGUGCUUGCGGGGGGGCUAGCGGCUCAGCCUGUGGAGGAGGAGGCGGAGGAGGCUGUGGUGGAAGUGGAGGAGGAGGAUUUGGGGGUUUCGGAGGUUCUUGGUGACGAGCGUCAACCUCAGCAACUGGUGGCCGCUGCCAAUGGUAGGUCGCGUAACAGGUAGGCAGAUAUGGUCAUGCACGAAGCGUUGGGGCAGUGGUGAGAACCGUGACUUAUUGCGGCAUGUUGCGUUUCCGGCGUCAAUAGUGAUAGCGAAGGAGGCAAUGACACAAGGAGGAGUCCUUGAAGUUCAACUGUGUCUUGAAGGGAACAUGAUUGAUCCGACGCGUGAUACACUGCCUAGGCGCUCAGCUCCCGUUUU